CACGGGGAAGAUAUACCAACAAUUCCAGUUUGUCUUCAGUUUCAAAUUCCGGGAUUUAAACACCAUUAACUGCAGAAUAAACCUGAAGGAACUGAUUCUGCAUCAUUAUCCCUACUUUGGGAAUAUCCUGGGAGAGGUCUGGAAACACACAGAGGGACUGCUGUUCAUAUUCGACGGAUUGGAUGAAUUCAAGGACAAAAUCAACUUUGUUGAUGGUCGGAGAGACACAGAAUCACAGGACACAGAUCCUGAAUUCAAGUGCAAUGUGUCUGAUAUUGUGUACAGUUUAAUCCAGGGCAAGCUGCUCCCAGGGUGUUCAGUGCUGGUGACCACCCGCCCCACUGCGUUAUAUUUAUUGGAAAAGGCGGAUAUCAGUGUCUGGGCUGAAAUCCUGGGAUUUGUUGGUGAGGAACGGAAGGAAUAUUUCAUCAGGUAUUUUGAAGAUCAGACGGAGGCAGAAGCAGUUUUCAAACACGUGGUGGAGAAUGAGAUCCUGUACACCAUGAGCUACAACCCCUCCUACUGCUGGAUCCUCGCUCUGGCACUGGGCCCCUUCUUCACACAAAGAGUCAGGGACCCGCAGCGAGUUCCCAAGACCAUCACCCAACUGUACUCCUACUAUAUUUACAACAUCCUGAAAAACCAUGGCCGUGAGAUUGAGAACCCCCGUGAUGUGUUACUCAGGGUUGGUCAGAUGGCCUUCAGAGGAGUGUCCGAGAAGAAGAUUGUGUUUACAGGUGGAGAUUUGAUCAACUACAAUCUGCAGCCUUCCCAGUUCCUGUCCGGGUUCCUGAUGGAGCUUUUGGAGAGAGAGGAUUCUGCCCGGAGCGUGGUGUACACAUUCCCACACCUCACCAUCCAAGAGUUUGUAGCUGCAGUCGCACAAUUCCUGAAUCCACAUCCCGGGAAUAUCCUGAAAUUCCUCACUGGAGCCCACAACACGACCGAUGGGCGAUUUGAGGUAUUUCUCCGUUUUGUUGCUGGUCUCUCCAACCCAAUGACAGCUCGGGGCCUGGUGGAGUUUCUGGGUCCAUUUCCUCAUGAAACAACCUGCCGGGUGAUUGACUGGGUGAAGGAGGAGGUUAAACGCCAGAGUGGAAACACGGAGAGUGAAGCUGGUAAAAGGAGCCUCCUGAACACAUUGCACUACCUGUUUGAGUCUCAGAAUCGUGGACUGGCUCAGGCCGCUCUGGGAUCUGUGGAAAGGUUUUCACUCAGUGGAAUGACACUGACCCCGAUUGACUGCGCGGUCCUGUCUCAUGUCAUCGGACUCUGUGAUACAAUAAAACAGCUCGACCUGGAGAACUGCCACAUUCAGUAUGAGGGAAUACAGCGGCUGGGACCCGGGUUGCACAAGUGCCAGGAGUUGAGACUUGGGCGGAAUGAACAGGGAGAUUCAGGAGUGAAACUGGUGUCUGCGGCUCUGAGGAACCCGGAGUGUAAAAUACAGAAACUGUGGUAAGUACCAGACUGUGGGAGAUUGUGUUUACAGUCACUGGGUGUCUGACACUGAACAUUAAUGUGAUCAGCAGAAACAUAGAAAACAUACAGGACAAUACAGGCCCUUCGGCCCACAAAGCUGUGCUG